CUGCAUCUACCUAUAUAAGUAGCCUACGAACCAUCUCCCAGUCCAACACAACCAAGAAGUUCUUGAAGCAAUAUUCCAUUAGAUCAAGAGGGUCUUCAAAAGAGAGUUCAGAGAAUAUAAAGAAUGAGUCUAUCAAAAAGGGCUUGGGUUGUAGCAGUGAGUGUUGGAGCAGUGGAGGCAUUAAAGGACCAGGGAUUCUGCAGGUGGAAUUACACCAUCAGGUCACUCCACCAGCACGCCAAGAACCAUGCCAGGUCGGUUUCUCAGGCCAAGAAGCUGUCUUCCCAAUCUGCAGCUGCGGUCUCCCGGGUAAGAGACGAUGAGAAGGUGAAACGGGCUGAGGAGUCUCUGAGGAAAGUCAUGUACCUGAGCUGUUGGGGUCCUAAUUAACUGGACCACUAAUUCUUGGUUCUUGGCAGAGUACCACGAAUCAAUUGUACAUGAUUGUGGGUUAUAAUUUCUGUUCUUCGGUUUUGGCUCCAUUAAUUAAAGAAGAUAAGAUUUUGAUUCAA